GCCGGUACGGGUAGGCCGCACUUUGCCCGCCCGGAUAGGCCGUGGUCAUUCGGGGCUGUGCCUUCGCCCGCUCCAACACUGGCGCCGCGAGGCUGUCUGCGGUUCGCGCCUCCCUUUUUCCCCCAGAACGUCGAGCCCACGAACACUUCCUACUCCUGAGAGGCCCGCCUCUUGCUUGAGAAUCUGAGUCUCGUAGGCUCGCUAGACUGCGCGCAGCACUCCGAUUGGAAACAGAGACUGCCCGUCAAGCCUUCACGUCACGCCACUCAACCCUCACCUCCGCCUCUCCUGCUGCAUGCAGCGGGCGAAGUUGCCUCAGCCCUGAAGGAGCAUCUUUGUUGGUCCAGGACCGGUAUCCGUUAGCCCUUAGCCUGCAAAACUCUCGAAUAAAGAGGAAUCGGCUCGAGUCUGCGAUUGGACCCGCGGACAUGUCAGUCAAGGGAUGGGCGGGUGCAAACGCAAGCCGGCGCACGGUACUGGUGGAGGCACUACCUGGACAAGGCGGGAGCGAGGGUACAGCCUCCUCUCGAUUGGGCCAAAAGGGGAGAUGGGCCCGCCCUCCCUACUGCAGGAUUGGCUGACAGCGGGCCACACCCCCCGCCACCUUCCGACAACCAGCCCCUACAAGAAGUGGGGCGCCCGGGCACCUGUAAGCCGCUGUCGCCAGUUCCGUGGGAGAGAAAUGCAAAGGCGCGCCCUCGGUUCCCGACUGGACCCGGCGUAGACCCGGGGUCGGCGCGCGCCAUCCCAACGGGAUGUGCAGAUGGAGGCCGGAGGAGACGCUGCGGCCGCAGCCCCCGGGGGCGCGGAGGACUUGGGGGACACGCGGCUCCCCGGUGAGGACACUGCCGCUGGUGGCGGAGGAGGGGUCCCUGCGGGCCCGCCGGACCCCGGAGGUGGGGGUCUGGAGGAGACAGAAUCCAAGGCCAAGGAUCAGCCACCCAGCCGCCUGUCACCACUGCCCCGUUCAGAAUCCCCGUCAAGCCCCUGUGAGGGCUGGAGUCCUGCAGCCACUGAAGGGAGUCCCAUCCAUGGCCCUGAAGGUGGCCCCGGGCCCCAGGGCGGCGACCCCAGCGACGAGGACUGGCGCAGCCAGCGGAAGCACGUGUUUGUCCUGAGUGAGGCUGGCAAGCCCAUCUACUCCCGGUACGGUAGUGUGGAGGCGCUGUCAGCUACCAUGGGGGUGAUGACAGCCCUGGUGUCCUUUGUGCAGAGUGCGGGAGACGCCAUCCGUGCCAUCUAUGCCGAGGACCACAAGCUGGUGUUCCUACAGCAGGGCCCACUGCUGCUGGUGGCUGUGUCCCGGACUCCGCAGUCAGCAGCCCAGCUGCGGGGAGAGCUGCUGGCUGUGCACGCACAGAUUGUGAGCACACUGACACGAGCGAGCGUGGCUCGCAUCUUCGCACACAAGCAGAACUAUGACCUGCGCCGCCUGCUGGCUGGCUCAGAGCGCACUCUGGACCGGCUUCUGGACAGCGUGGAGCAGGACCCAGGUGCUUUGCUCCUGGGUGCUGUGCGCUGCGUACCCCUGGCUCGCCCACUGCGGGAAGCACUGGGCGCGCUGCUCCGGCGCUGCAUAGCACCUGGCCUGGCCCUGUCGGUGCUGGCGGUGGGUGGCCGCCUGGUGACGGCAGCCCAGGAGCGGAACGUGCUGGCUGAAUGCCGGCUGGACCCAGCUGACCUGCAGCUGCUGCUCGACUGGGCGGGAGCUCCAGCGUUUGCAGCGGGCGAGGCGUGGGCACCCGUGUGCCUGCCCCGCUUCAACCCCGACGGUUUCUUCUACGCCUACGUGGCCCGCCUGGAUGCCGUGCCGGUCUGCCUCCUGCUGCUUGGCACCCACCGUGAAGCCUUCCACGCCAUGGCCGCCUGCCGGCGCCUUGUCGAAGAUGGGAUGCGCACCCUUGGAGCCCUGCACGCCCUCGGGGAGGCUGCUGGCUUCUCCAAUGCCCCAGCAGCCACUGCCCCUGCCUACAGUGUGCAGGCUGUGGGGGCCCCUGGCCUGCGACACUUCCUCUAUAAACCGCUGGACAUCCCUGACCACCACCGCCAGCUGCCCCAGUUUACCAGCCCGGAGCUAGAGGCCCCCUACAGCAAGGAGGAGGAGCGGCAGCGGCUGUCGGACCUGUACCACCGCCUGCACGCGCGCCUCCACAGCACCACCCGGCCCCUGCGCCUCAUCUACCACGUGGCUGAGAAGGAGACGCUGCUGGCCUGGGUGACCUCCAAAUUUGAGCUCUAUACCUGCCUUAGCCCCCUGGUGACCAAGGCAGGUGCCAUCUUGGUCGUGACCAAACUCCUGCGCUGGGUGAAGAAAGAAGAAGACCGGCUCUUCAUUCGUUACCCGCCCAAGUACUCCACACCCCCAGCCGCCUCUGCGGACCAAGCGCCCCACAAUGGCCUGUUCACCGGACUCUGAAAGGUGGAGCUCCCAGACAAGGCAGCGCUGGGAGUGACCGGCUCUGGCUUGUCCCUUCUGUCUCUGUGCUGGAAACGUGGGUAGGGGUUGUGUCUGUGGCCAGCUGCUGUCUCCCUGGAUGAUAUGGGCACGGUGCGAAGCCCCAGCCGCAGAUGGGAGAUGGGUGGCAGCAACCAGGCACAGGGCUGCUGUCACAGCCCCUCAUGCACUUCCUUCCCUGGGGGAGACCGUAGGCCUCCCUCCCCCCAUCUCUGCCUCACCUCCAUUUGGAUGAUGCUGCAGCCCCUGUCAGGCUGUCACCUCCGACCCGACUUCGGGGGCUUCCCUCCUCUGUGGAAUCCCAGCCCUGAGUGUCCUGGGCUGGCCAGCGUCUCUGGAGUGGCUCACAGGGGUUCUGGGGUUUCUGCAGGGCCAACCUGUGUUUGCGGCGGCCUGAGGGUAUUGCAAUGACGACGUACAUAAAAGACCCAAGCCAAGUCCAAGGAUAGUCCUUUGCCCUUCAUAUACUUUACCCCGCCAAAAUGACCCCAUCCGUGCUGGCCACUGUUGUUAAGAAGGUGGCCUCCAGUGUCCACUUGUGUGACCCAGGACAUGCAACACCUGCCUGCACACUGGCUGAGAGCUGGUGCAGUUCGCAUCUAAGGUUUAUUUCACUGUGUUGUCAAACAGAGAUAACCUCUCAUAGGCCUCUCAUGAACAUCUGUAAAGGAAGAGGGACUGGAACUCGGGGUGCCCCAGACGCAGCUCGUGCACCUGUGUCCCCAGGCCUUGGCAACCUGCGCAACACAUGCAACCUACACAGAGAGACCCCGCCCCCGGGGCUUGUGUGUGUGCUCUCAACCCAGCUCCCCACCUGGCCAGCUUACCUUAGAGUCGGAGUGCGGCCUCGCGAUCGUGCGCGCGCUGCUAACUGCCGAUCAGGGUCACUCGCAGGCCUUGCGCACCGCGGACACCUGUUGCCUCGGCCUUAGUCAACGGAUGGGUAAACGUGCACUCCGCGCAUGUGCGCUCCGCUCACCCUCACGUGGGCGGUCCCCCCCUAGCCAAUCAUUGUCCACCGCGCCCAGGAGGCCCUGGAGAAAUGGCCGGCCAGUUGGAGCGUCUGGUGGUGGGGCCGCUGGAAGCCGUGGAGCCGGCGGAAGGUAGUGUAGACCAGCGGUGUGCGCUGCCUUGGGCAGAGUGGGAGGAGGGAGCCUGUCUCAGGGUAGUGAUGACCUAAUGCCAGCUGUAGCUUUUUUAAAUAAGAUUUUAAGACUUUGAUUAUUUGAAGGAAAGAAACCCUUUAACCUCUCUAAGGUAGAGAUGAGUACCACGCGCACCUUCCUAUCGCCUAGAUUCCUGGAUUAACUUGGCAACUCUUAAAUAUAUUGCUUAAGCAUCUUAAAGUAAUACUACAGUCUGCUUUUCUUAGAAAUGGCAAGCCUGUGGGGGAGGGAUAUUCCGACGAAAAUCGCCGAAUCGCCGUGCUGCUGCCGCCCCCAAGAGUAUUCGCAGUGGUUAGCGGUGGCUCGCGCCCGGCCCGUGGCGCCUGGCCUCCACGCAGCUUCUUCUCCGGGGUUGACUUGUUAGAUGUGACCCCUAAACCCCGACUGAGUAGAAGUGCAUUGGAAAUCCGGCCAGCAAAAAGGAAAUGUCCCGAGGCAGGGAUCCUUCAGUGCGUCGCCAGCUUCUUGGGGUUGCUGGAGAAAUUUUCAGAAUGGACCGAAGUAGAGGAAAGAGCUUGAUGGACGCCCCUGCACUUGCCAGUCACGCUGCCUCCGAAGCUGUCGACUGUGCCCCCUUUGAGCCGCCUCCGACUCCCCUUUGUGCGUGCUCUUUGAAGCAGGGCUUGAACAAGCACGUGAAGUUGCCGCCUGCCACGCCUGCCACGCCUGCCUAGGCGGGGGUCAGAACCGGGCUGAUUCUCUGGGCUGUGAGCCUGUUCACUGCUGAAAGCGAUGCGAGCUUAGCAGAUGGGAGGUGAGAAUGACGAGAUGGCCAGCGGAAUUCUUUUGGGUUAGAGCAUCAGACAGAAAUAAGACAGAUGCGCGUAGAUUCCAUUUGUUAAGCCCUUCGAAUGGCCGCCCCUGAGGCUUGAAAAUCAAAGCUCAGUAUCGCCCUUCCAGAUUCCUCAAACUCGAAGUUACACUUAACACCACCUGCAGACUGGCUAAGUGAAGAGAGGCGGAGCACCUGGUACUGAUGACCCGGUGCUGAAAGAGCCCUUCUCUCGGUCAGAGCAGUAAAGGCAUUGCCCCAGGCAGUUCGGCAAAACGUUUUCACACCUGAAAUGCUCUCCCACAUCUGCAGGCCCCGGGCUAGGUAGUCAUGGUAGAGUCCCCAGACCCGUGGACCAGGCGUGGUCAGGAAUGUCGAUGUAGGCCAGCACAGGUACAGUCACAGAAAUGGCCGCGUCGGGGUGUAUCCACGCACCCUCUAGAAUAACCGUGAGGGUUUUUUAAAAGACGCCGGGGAAAAAUAGUUAAAAUUAAGUCCCAAAUUAAUUUAACUUAGGAAUUUGAUUGUCAGUGGAUAAGAUCAUUGUUCAUUGUUCCAGAAUGAGCUGCAAGACAACACAUUUUUAUUAGAGAAAAGCCAGCAAGGAUUGAAACAAACAAGAAGGGGGUUGCCAAACAAUGUCGUUGUGCACAAGCAGCUUGAGACUUAGGACCUGACUGGUCACACAGGGCAAGGGACUUGCUUGAGGGGGUGAUGCCAGGGUGGAGGCAGUAUUCUGAUUUACUGCUUUGUUUUUCUUCUAGAAACAUAUGAAGAGUGUGUAAUUUUAAAAUAUAAGUGGAAAUUGUGAAAGGUGUCCGAGGGUGGUGAUUGUUGUUAUCACACUGUGGUUACACACAGUGACUGGGUAGAUGCCGUUGUAUAUAGGGGUGUACACUGGGAUGUCAGGGAGCAAUGGGUUAUGUCUGCAGUUCAUGGUUCACAAACACCCAGGGGUGGGGGAGUCUGGUACAAAGGCAACUGGGAGUACAAUGGCCUAUUUCUACUACUUUUGUGUGCAUCUGAAAGUAUUUCAAAAUAAAACAUUUAAAAGGAA